CCUCCUUCAACUAGCGCUUUGCGGCCGGUGCUCCUCCCCUCCUCGAUCCAGUUCCUCACCACACCAACAGCGCAACCCACCGUGCCUCCCCUUCCUCUAAUCUUCCAAUUCCAACCAUCCUUUUCUCCCCUCCUCAGCUCCGAACAGCAGGCAUGGACAACCAGCAGCUCUUUGGUUCCUCCUACGUGGACGCGCCUUUCUUCGCGGCCAAUGGCACGGCGCAGCGGGAGAGCCAGCCGAAGGCUCGGCGCAGGCGGCGGAAGGCCGCGAGAUGCGGCGGAGGGGAUGGUAACGGCGGGGAGAUGGACGGAGGAGGGGACCCCAAGAAGCGGCGGCUCACCGAUGAGCAGGCAGAGAUGCUGGAGCUGAGCUUCCGGGAGGAACGCAAGCUGGAGACUGGCCGGAAGGUGUAUCUGGCCGCCGAGCUCGGGCUCGACCCCAAGCAGGUCGCCGUGUGGUUCCAGAACCGCCGGGCGCGCCACAAGAGCAAGACGCUCGAGCAGGAGUUCACCAGGCUCAAGCACGCUCACGACGCAGACAUCCUCCACAAAUGCCACCUCCAGAACGAGGUGCUGAGGCUGAAGGAGAGGCUGAGAGCGACUGAGGAGGAGGUGCAGCGCCUCAGGUCGGCAGCUGGGAGCCACGGGGCAUCCGGCGAUGGCGGAGACGCCGCUGGCGCCGUUAGCGUGUGCGGCGGGAGCCCAGGCUCGUCCUUCUCGACGGGAACCUGGCAGCAGCAUCUGGGUUUCAGCGGGGCAAACGAGCUGGGGCCGGACGAUGACCUGAUGAUGUGCGUACCCGACUGUUUUUUCGCAUGAAUUAGCUAGAGUUUAUGGUGGCUACGCCGAUAGCAGCGUGUUCGAGUGUUUUUUAGCAUGAAAUAAAAUCUCCUACAAAAUAGGCGCGUUAAUUGCGCUAUAGCU